AUGUUUGUUCCGUUCCUCUCUGCGGCCCACUCGCUCACUUCGCUCAUUCGCGACGGCGGACGUCCAUCCGCUCGUUCGGAUAUUCAUCGGUGUGUUUCCUUCCCUUCGUGCCCGCCCAUUUUCCCGUUGUCAGCUGACGAAAUGCUGCCGCGACUUCCCCAGACGAUUGCCAAAAUGCUCGCCUCCGAAACUCGGUAUUCGCUUCAGUUGCCGUGCUUUUGCAGUCUUUUUUGUUUUACUUUUUGUGCCGCAAAAAACGUUUUAUUGACUUUUGCGUGUGUCGCAGCCAAUCGGUUCGAACAAUCCAGUGUACAAACUGACUUCCGUUCGCUCAAUCCCAAUUGCCAAGUGCCAAUUCGCAAACGAAGUGCGCUGCCCUUUCCGUGAUGCAAAAUUCGGUUUCCCAUUCGAGAAGAGCCUCCAGAAUUAAUGACGUCACCGUCUUGUUUGUGUUUUUUGGAUGUUACACAAUACAAUACAUUUCUCUCUGUCCCCCAUAUCACUCACUCCAACUUCUAGCCUUAUCUUCUCACUUUCGAGACGGUCAUUGACCAUUGAACAGAAAAAUUAGUCUGCGCUCAUGCGAAGCCAUUUGCGAGUAGUCUCCCCCGAAUUAGUGCAUGUCACGUAUUUUGGAGAGAGGCAGCCGAGCAGGCGCCCCGGGCUCUUCGGCAGCCAGCAGUUGUCCGUCGCCCGGGCGCCCUUCGCUCGCAAGACGCUGCUUGUUUUCGACGACUGGCAGGAGACUCGGGCUCUUCUGGCUCCGCGCUCCUCGCUCCCCGAACCUAAUCAUAAUCCUCGAGAGUUUGAAUCGAUUGCAUGCGUGCAGAAUGGAAAAAACCCUCUCAGUUUCUCUGUCCUUGCCGUGUUCAAAUCCCUGUCUCUGUCUCCUCAUUCCUACGUGCUAUUGAGUCUUGAAAAAAAGAAGGUCGGUGCGAUUCUAUUGAACGAGCGCUCACAAACACAUCUCCCUCUCUCUCGCCACUUCUCUCUGCGUCUUUCGUCUUCGCCGCGCCCUACUCGUCGGUCUCUUUCGAUUUUUUCGUGCCGUCCAUCGACGGCGCCGCCUCUCUUUUCGCACUCACUCCCUCCCCUUUGCCGCAUUUUAUCUUUUCGGUGUUUUGUUUACUAGUGCCUGUUUCUCACUUUGUUCUGACCCUUUCGAUCGCUCACCAAUUUUGAACUUAUUCUUUUUGUUUCAGGAUGCCGAUCACCAAGAUUCACGCUCGCCAAAUCUACGAUUCUCGUGGAAACCCGACCGUCGAAGUCGACCUUUUCACUGAGAAAGGUAAGCAGAAACCAGAAUUAACGAACAAAAGAAGAGGAGAUAUUGGGAAAUCAGCAGCAGAUGAUGCAAUCGAUGAUGAUGAAAUUUUUAUUGCAGGAGUCUUUCGCGCCGCCGUCCCAUCUGGAGCCUCGACCGGAGUCCACGAGGCCCUCGAACUCCGCGACGGAGACAAGGCCGUGCAUCUUGGCAAGGGAGUGCUCAAGGCCGUGAGCAACAUCAACGAGAGGAUUGCUCCGGCUCUCAUCGCCAAGGGAUUCGAUGUGACCGCCCAGAAGGACAUCGACGAGUUCAUGCUGGCCCUAGACGGAACCGAGAACAAGGCUAACCUCGGAGCCAACGCCAUCCUGGGAGUUUCCCUGGCUGUCGCCAAGGCCGGAGCCGUUCACAAGGGACUCCCGCUCUACAAGUACAUCGCCGAGCUCGCCGGAAUCGGCAAGGUCGUGCUUCCAGUGCCCGCGUUCAACGUCAUCAACGGAGGAUCGCACGCCGGAAACAACUGGCCAUGCAGGAGUUCAUGAUCCUCCCGGUCGGAGCUUCCAGCUUCGCGGAGGCCAUGCGCAUGGGAUCGGAGGUCUACCACCAUCUCAAGGGCGAGAUCAAGAAAAGAUACGGUCUUGAUGCCACCGCCGUCGGAGAUGAGGGAGGUUUCGCCCCGAACAUCCAGGACAACAAGGAAGGACUCGAUCUCCUCAACACCGCCAUCGACAAGGCCGGAUACACCGGAAAGAUCUCCAUCGGAAUGGACGUUGCCGCCUCCGAGUUCUUCAAGGACGGAAAAUACGAUCUUGACUUCAAGAACCCCUCUUCUGAUGCCUCGAAGUGGCUCACUGGAGAACAGCUCUCGGAUCUCUACCAGUCGUUCAUCAAGGAGUAUCCAGUUGUGUCCAUCGAGGACGCCUUCGACCAGGACGACUGGGACAACUGGGGCAAGCUCCAUGCCGCCACCACCAUUCAGCUCGUUGGAGACGAUUUGACUGUCACCAACCCGAAGAGAAUCCGCACUGCCAUCGACAAGAAGUCGUGCAACUGCCUCCUCCUGAAGGUAACAUAUGAAACAUCUCAUCUAGUAUCUAAAGUUUAUUUUUCAGGUCAACCAGAUCGGAUCGGUCACCGAGUCGAUUGAGGCCGCCAAGCUGUCGCGCGCCAACGGCUGGGGAGUCAUGGUGUCGCACAGAUCCGGAGAGACCGAGGACACCUUCAUCGCUGAUCUCGUCGUCGGACUGGCCACCGGCCAGAUCAAGACCGGAGCUCCGUGCCGUUCGGAGCGUCUGGCCAAGUACAACCAAUUGCUCCGCAUCGAGGAAGAGCUCGGAGCCGAUGCUGUCUACGCCGGGCACAACUUCAGAAACCCGCAAGUGUAA